GAGUUUGAGCCUCUCUUCGGCUCUUUGCCACCCGACUCUUAACUGUAGUCUGUAAAACUAUCCGACAGGUUUCUUCUCUCCGUCUCCGGCGACUCAAAGCCCAACCGAGUCAAAACCCAGUCUCAACUCGGUCCUUAAACUGCCUACGGUUCCCCAUCAUGAAUGCAAAAUAGAAAGCUAAUAAAUUUUUUUUUCCCUAUUUUUUUUUUUGUUUUGGGAAAGAAAUAAAGCCAGAGAGGAAAUAUUUCUCUGUGUUCGGUAAAUUUUAGCAGCAGCUGGUAUUUGACAGAGAAAUCAAACGCAAGGCAUAAUAUAGGGAAAGAUUGAGAAACCCAAAAAGAUAAUCAAGGAAAAAAGAAAUCUUUUGCAUCUAUAUUCUGGUUCUUGUAUUUUUGUUUGGUUCCUCAUUUUCUGUCUUUUAUUUUGUCUUCCUCUGGUAGAAAGUUCAAGGGGUGGUUUUUCCGGGAAAAAGUUAGUCAGAUUCCGGUAAAAACAUCCAAACGUUUGUUUGUGUCACGGCGUCUGAUUUUUUUCCCCCAUCUUAUCUUCUAAUCCUAUCUUGACGUAACCCAUUACCUAUCGGAGCAAAAACAGAGAAGGAAAAAAGAAAAAAGAAAAGAAAAAACCAGAAAUAGGAAGGAAAGGAAGAGAACAGAAAGCCAUAUUCAACAGAAAGUACAUUCCAGGUCAAAUUUGUGAUAGGAAGCUUGAACCCCGUUAGCCUUUGAUUUUCGAUCAUGUGUUCCCCGCAGAAUCGGUUCUCUGAUUUCUGGGUUUGUUUCAGAAUGAGCUGAAACUUGAUUGUUUGAUAUGAAAUAAUCAGAAUCUCAUGAAUAUUGGUAUUGGGUACUCCUGAAAUCGCACGAAGACUUACUUUUGAUUUAUUGGGGGAUCAUCGGAACACGAUUUGUUAAUCCGAAUUAGGUCGAAUCCGAUCUCAUUUGGUCAUAAGCGAUGAAAUCGGCAUCGCUUGAUCACUGGAGGGACUAUUUCCGGUCGGCGGACUCCGAUAUUUUUGACAUCAUCGACCAUGCGGUCAUGGUGGCCGCCGCAGAUUGCCCAGAGGAGUUGCGGCUUCGAAGGGAUCGAAUUGCGGAGAAACUGUUCUGUUGCAGAUUCAACCGGUGCUCCGAUCAGGUCGAGUCACCUAUUACGGGUCGACCCGGUUCUGCUAUAUCUGAUGAUGGCGGUGAUGGUGAGCACGAUGACAGAGGGUUCCAGAGAGAGUUUGGGGCGGGAGGGAGGAAAGAAAGUAAAGUGAACAGCACAAGUAGAGAUGAUCAAGACAACGAAGAGAUGCAGAAUGGCACUCCCAUGGUUAGCAACUACAGCUCUGAAGAUGCUGAUGCUUUGACUGAUGAGAUUGAAGAGGCUCAUCAAACCGUUGAAGAGGUCUUGAGGAUCAAGGAUAUUCUACAUGACAGUGAAGAUGAGUCUGAUACAGUGUUGUAUGAUUCAUUGAGGCGGCUUCAAUUGAUGGCUUUGUCUGUGGACAUUCUUAAGGCAACCGAGAUAGGAAAGGCUGUUAAUGGCCUAAGAAAGCAUGGAUCAAGUCAGAUUCGCCAUCUUGCUCGGACUCUUAUCGAACUAUGGAAAGAAUUGGUGGACGAGUGGGUUAAUGCCACAAAAGCUGUCGCAGGAGGAGAGGAAGGUACUCCAGAUUCCGUGAAUCCAUCAGUUCUUGAUGAAGAAGAAGGGCUUCCUUCUCCUCCUCUAGAUGAUGGAGUUUUCUUUGCUACCCAACCUACUUCAAUGGAGCUCUCACAGUUUUUUGAUGGGAUGGAUGAUGAUGGAAAUCCUCGGAAUAGUGGGGAAUUCAUCAAGAAUCGUGCAAGUGGCAGAAGACCUUCCCCGAAGAACCAAAAUAUCAUAAAGAGGAAACAGCAAACUCAAAAUGAAGGGAAUGGAUUUACGAAGGAGAACAAAAGCAAAAGCCAUCUAAUUAAGAGACAAGAAGCUGUUUUGGAGACCAGGAAACCCUCAAAUGUGGCUUCUGGCCCGGGAAGACCUCAAAAAGUAGGUAAGGAACAAAAGGUCGUUAGUGAAUCAAAGCUUCUGCAAAGAUCGGAUAAGGUUACUAUCCAAAAAAAGCCUCUCAGUGCCCCGCAGGAUAAAUUCAAGUGUUCGGAUGAAGUCACAGUUCAAAGGAAGCUCGAAGCCACAAAAAGAAAACUCCAGGAGAGUUAUCAACAUGCAGAGAAUGCCAAGAAGAAGAGGACGAUCCAGGUCAUGGAGUUGCAUGAUAUCCCUAAGCAGGGUCUUGGCCAUAAAAAUCAACCUAUGCGGGCAGGUAAUCAUAACCGGAAUAGGGCACAGGGACGGCGGUAGGUUUUGUAUAUCUGCACAGAAGUCUUGCUCGAUUUGUCAGGUUUCUUCCAUCUUGUAAACCAGCGGAAGAAACCAAAUAACUCCCGGAUUCAGCAUGACAUAACCCACUCGGGGAUCGACUGCAAGCAAUCCAUUGAUGAUUAAAUAAUCCACGGAGACACUCUCCAACUCUUGUUCUACAUUUAACAAAUUGUGGAAUAGGAGACCCUUUUUUAUAUCCGGAUUGUUAACUUGGUAUUGAGUCGGAUUUCCUUUUGAGAAUCAUAAAUGGGAUGAUCAAUGAUCCUCCGAUCGAUCGAUCGAUCGCCACCAUAUUUCAUUUUCUUUCAAUAUUUUGUUUCAUGUAGUUAGAGCACUCCAUUACACAUGCAAAUGUGCACAAAAUAAGUCCCUUGACCAUCUGUAAACUUACCUUUAUUUGGAUAUAUAUAUAUAUAUGAAGGUCGAAUGUUCAUCAUU